UUAAAAAGCCUUACACAAAGCAAGUUUGUUUCUAAAAGAAAUUGUGCUUGAGGGAAAGCAGUCGCAUCAGAUUCAAAGUAGUAUGAUGUGGAAAGCAUCAUGUUUUGUGCUGCUUGGCACAUUAUGUACAAUGGUGCUAGCACGUCCAACUGAAUUAGAUGACAUUUUUACUGGAUAUUUAAAAAACGUGAAUCUUUAUAAUCCAGAAAGGCAAUCACAGAUAGUCAAGCGACGAAUAUUCGAACAUAAUCAAGAUGAAAGUUUAAAAACCGUUUCACUGCAAUCACUAGUCGGCGAUUUAGAGCAGAAUUUUUUCCAAUCUGCGUCCAGUGUUGGCAGUUUUGCCAAUCAGUCACCGGAACUCGCGGAAGCCACCUCAACGUCAAUUGAAAAGCAUCCAAUACUGAAGAGAAAAGCAGGAGAUGCAGAGGAAGAUGGCAAAAUCAUUCAGCGGGAGAAAGGUGAGAACUUAUUGGAAACAACUAGUAAUAGUGUAAUGGAAACAUCGACUGAGACGGUUCCCUCUAAAGAAACACCGACUGAGACGAUUGCCUCUAAAGAAACACCUACUGAGACGUUUUCCUCUAAAGAAAUCGGACCCCAUCGAAUACAAAUUGAACAUAUUUCAGUGAAACCCCAUUAUGGGGACUUGCCUGUGGUACCAGCCUUCCAGGUGCACCACACAAAACUAAUAUCAGCUACUUUUAAGGACUCUGGUUCCAAUCCAACACAUAUAACCAUAACAAAGACAAAUAUACAGGCUGCUCCUGCACAGAAAAGUUCUGAGGAGAUUAAUGGUCAUAAGGAGGACCUCAAACUACAGGAAGCGAAAGAAAAGAUAACCGACCACACGGAGGAAAGUCAUGACACCGACCAGCAUGCUACUGAGCAACCUGAAAUCCUGGGGACAACAACUACGAAUAAAUCUGCAGCAGAAUUGAAGGAAACUGUAGCAGAACUCAAGGAAAAGGUGGCAGAAAUUGAAGCAGAACCGGUCAUACUCUCAGCUCGCGUCUAAAUACUAUUCAACUAACAUUUUGAAUUAAAAAAUAACCUACACAAUAUGAACAAAUAUAUUUCAUUUUAUAUAUGUA